AUGAAAUGGAACAAGCUGGUAUCAUCACACACAAGGACAUCAACGCCUUACAGUAGUCCAUUGACAUUCACUCUUAAAAAGGACGGCUCAAUUAGAGUUCUGCUUAAUGCCAGAAGCAUAAAUAAGAAAAUGGUUGCAGAAACAGAGAAACCACCUAUACAAUUAGGUGUUUUGAAUUCAUUUCACGGAGCGAAUUAUAUCACUACCAUUGACUUAAAUAAUGCAUAUUAUCAAAUUCCGAUAAAUAAAGAUGGUAGAAAACAUACUGGAUUCACAUUCAAUGGAAAGUCAUAUGUAUAUAAUGUUUUGCCGCAAGGAUUAAAAACAUCAGUAGGAAGCUUUAGCAGAGCCAUGAAUUUAAUAUUAGGACCAGAAGUCCAAGAAUUUUGUGUGAUCUAUUUAGAUGAUCUAGCCAUUAUUACAACAGGAACGUUAGAUAAACAUUUGGAGCACAUUGAUAUUGUUUUAAGUAAAUUGAACAAAGCUGGCUUAACGUGUAACUUGCAGAAAUGUGAAUUUAUUUGUAAAGAAAUUAAAAUGCUGGGUUUUAUAAUUUCAACAGAAGGCAUAAAGACAGAUCCCGAUAAGAUUCGAGCGAUCCAAGAGUUUCCAGCACCUAAAAAGUUUAAACAAUUAAGGGCCUUUUUAGGUCUAUGCAAUUUUUAUAGAAGGUUUAUACCAAAUUAUAGCGAGAGCAUAAUACCGCUCUGUGAAUUACUUAAAAAGGGACGAAAGUUCCAAUGGAGCGGUAAAGAACAGAAGGCAUUUGAUUUUAUAAAACAACAAUUUAUUAAUACAAUACAAUUGCAUCAUCCAUACUUUAAUAAGCCGUAUUAUUUACAAACAGAUUGUUCCGGUGUGGGUAUGGCCGGAGUACUAUAUCAGAUAGAUGAUAAUAAUGAAAUGAGAAUUUUAGGCUAUCAUAGUAAAGCCUUAAAAGGCCCCGAAUUAAAUUGGUCUGUUACUGAACAAGAGUUUUAUGCUGUAAUAAGCUGCCUAAAGAAAUUUGAAACAUAUUUGAGGAGCAGUAAAGUAAUAAUACUAACUGAUCAUAAAGCAUUAUUGUUUAUUAAUAAUAUGAAGUUAUUCAAUGGUAGAGUAACCCGAUGGAUUUUGUAUAUAGAACAAUUUAAUUAUGAAGUACAGCAUAUAUCGGGUAGACGUAAUAUUGUUGCAUAUGUGCUAUCACGUUAUCCUCAUGAUGGCGAUUUAAUACAAGAGGAUAAAAAUAAUAGUUUAGAAAUUGCUUACACAGAGAGCGAACCGAAUAUUGAGUUGAUAGAAAAAUUAAAAUCCUUAUCAGUAUAUCAAUUACAAGAUUCAGAGUCGUUGGCUAUUAUUGAAAAGUUAAAGACAUUAAAUACUUCCAUAAUAAAACAAAACAAUAAAUUUAAAAGGUAUAGUUUGAAAAAUGAUGUAUUAUAUUACAAAACUUUACAAGAAGUAAUAUAUUUACCUAAAGCAUUGAGACAAGAUAUUAUAAAUCAAGUGCAUGUCGAAAUGGGUCAUCAAGGACCCUAUAAGGUAAUUAAAUAUGUGAGAGACAGAUUCUUUUGGAAAGGUUUAACAAAAGAUAUUAAAAACCAAUUAAGGGCUUGUCAUUUAUGUCAGUUAUCUAAGAAAAGCAAUAUAACAUAUGUGGGUCCCUGCAAAUCUAUAAUAACAGAAAACAUUGGCGAUAUAGUCAUGGCAGACUUAUAUGGACCACUUGUAUCAGGUACCUUUGGGUACACUUUCAUAUUUGUCAUUCAAGAUUCAUUCAGUAAAUUUAUUAAAUUAUAUCCUUUAAAAUAG